CUCAUAACAUUCUCCUUUCUCCUCCUCGCUCUCACCCUCCCGGUUCGAGAAUCUCCUCCCCCUCUCUCACUUCCGGUUGCUGGGUAAUCAUGGGUAUUAGUGGCCUUCUUGUCAGGCUUGGAUCCAUUCAACGGAAGAAUCACAUCAAAGAAUGGAAUGGGACGACCGUUGGCAUAGAUGCCUACAGCUGGCUCCACAAGGGGGUCAUAGGAUGCGCUAUUGAACUAGCUCAGGGGAAACAUACCCGAGGAUACGUUGAAUAUGCAAUGAGUCGAGUGCAUAUGCUUCGGCACUUUGGUGUCACACCCUACAUGGUUUUCGAUGGUGACUAUCUACCCAGCAAAUCCUGGACCGAGGCAGAGAGAGAAAGGCGACGACAGGAACGUCGAGCCAAAGGAUUGGAGCUCCUUAAGCUUCGGAAGAUGAGGGAAGCCCAAGAGCAACUACAGAAAUCUAUCGACGUCACACCUCUCAUGGCUCGUCACCUCAUUGAUGAAUGCAGGCGGAUUGGUGUGGAGUGCAUUGUAGCCCCAUACGAAGCUGAUGCGCAGCUUUAUUACCUAGAAAAGACGGGUAUAAUACAUGGCAUUAUUUCGGAGGACUCAGAUUUGCUAGCCUUUGGAUGUAAAAACCUAAUCACUAAGAUGGAUAAAUUCGGGGGUUGCUACACAAUUGAUCGGGAUGAUUUCACCGCUAUUCGAGGCUCCGGUUUCUCGCUUUCAGGUUGGACCGACACCGAGUUCCGAUAUAUGUGUAUCCUGAGCGGAUGUGAUUACCUACCUAACAUCCCUCGCCUUGGACUGCUAGGUGCAUACAAACUAGUCAAAAGACAUAAAACACCAGAGAGGAUAAUCCAGUCUGUUCGAUUUGACGCGACCAAAACUGUUCCUGUAGACUACCUAGAUGGUUUUCGACGGGCAAAUUUGACUUUCCUCCACCAGUGGGUAUUUUGUCCCAAAGCUGAAAAGAUGGUGAUGGUUACGGAACCGGACGCGGUGGUGGACAAGCAAUAUCUUGAUGGUUGUGGAAGAGAAUUGGAUGCCGAAACAGCACGUGGAAUCGCAUGUGGAGAUUUAGAUCCGGUAACAAAAAAGCCCUUUGUAUUAGAGUCAAUCGUGGAGAGUGCCAUCCGCUCAGCAUGGAUGAAACCCAAGAUGAGGGUUCUUGAAACUUCCCAAAGCUUUACAUCAAUCUCAAAUUUCUUCAGUAAAUGACCAUUUCAGGUUUUGAAGGUGUGGGGACUAAUUAUUCUUAGAACCACGGGUGGAGCCACCAACAACACCUUUACAAGAGAAGUCUGUCAAUAUAAUAGCCGGCAACCUUGUUCGUUCAGAACCUCAGAUAAAGCUGAAGCCAUCAACUCCAGCCACAAACAAGCGCCUAUUCUCGCAGUUUGAGGUAAAGACAGAUGAGCCGGCUAAGAGGCCACGGAUUUUUCCCGAGAAUGUGCUGGAGGAUUUUAAUGUGACAGGAGAACGAAGUUCCUUCUUCUCGAGAGUCAGUCGUCAGUCGUUUUCUCCAGUGCCACGGAUAGCUGAUAUGCCGGGCCCUCGGACCAAAGCGCGCCCUACCACCAAGAGGACGGAGCAACAGGAAACGCCAUGCUCGUCGGGCUCAUCAAGCUCAUCAAGCUCAUCAAGUCAAAAAAUUAGUUCAUUCCCUACCCCCGAGUCAUUUAAUGCCAAUGAACCCAUAGUCUCGCAGACCGAGGACGAAGCUAUCUCCAAAGUAGCCCUAGGCCUCAAGAGUAAAUACGGCUUCACCUCCGGUCCCCCAGCCCCAGCCUCGAAAAUAUCUCGUAUUCUCACAGAAAGAAGGGACAAAACCAAGGGCCGGCUUCCUGGGACGAGACGCCUCUUCUCAGCUCCUGAGCCUACUUCCAGCCGGAUACCCCAUACAGAGCCCCUGGGCGAUAGCAGCGGCGAGAGUCAGGGCGACAGCUGGCCAGACUUUGUCGGCGUCAGGAGGUCCAGCGCCUCUAGGGAGGUUGCACAAAACGGGUUUGGUAAAUUCGCUUUCCAACGUAAAUGAUGAAUAGUGCUUUGUUACUUUGCUAUUGCUCUCUCGCCCUCCCACCACGAUUACUGGUUUCGAGACAUACAAUUCAAUCCGGAGUUCUUGUUUUUGUUUUUUUACAUUUUCUCCUCUCAUGUGAAGGUUGUAUUUCUGCUCUACAGUAUAUUAUCCAUAGGAGUCGGUGGCGCUAUGGAUACUUGCGGUUGCGUUUGUAUACUAGAUUAAAUAGGGGAGGUUGUAGUUUCAAUGGGCGGUGGUAGCGGUUAAAAUUUGAUAUUUCUUGUGUGG